AUGCACCAUGGAAACAAGAGUGAGAUCCUAGAUUGCAUUGUUCCCAGGGAUCUUGACAAGCAUAGACCAGUGACAACUGCAGCUGUGUUGGAUGGUGCUGUACUUGUCCAAAUGCUUCGUCCUGGAGGUGCUGUGACCACUGGACAGUAUUUCACUGACGUGUUAGCACCAUACAUCCUUUCCUGGUUUGACAGAAAUAACCGCAUUGACAUUGUCUGGGAUGUGUACUCCAAGACAAGUCUGAAGUCAGACAUCCGGGAGCAAAGAGGCACUGGUGCGAGGAGGAGGGUGACUCUCUCAACCAAAGUUCCUGGGAACUGGGCUGCCUUCCUACGGGUGGAUCUGAACAAGCAGGAGUUAUUUGUGGAGCUGGCCAAAAGCUUGAAGCAUAUGACAUUUCCACAGGUAUUACUGUAUGAAUUAGUGUGUCUUCUGGAUGGUUGUACAUGCUGUAGUCAAUAAGUCUGACUUCAUUAACAUAUCUUCAAUUACACUGUCUUAUUUUAGGGCAAGGAGCUAUUCACCACGAUACGUGAUGGAUGUGUAACAUCAACAGCUGGCAUUAACACUAAUGCAUUGGCCCCUUGCACACAAGAAGAAGCAGAUACUCGGUUGUUUCUGCAUGUGGCUGCAGCUACACUUGCUGGACAUCGUAGAGUGAUGGUCCGCAGCAGUGAUAGCGAUGUUGUAGUGUUGGCCAUUGCCGCUUUUGUGGCCCUUGAACAGAGGAUGGAUGAGCUCUGGAUAUUUCACUUAAGUAUUUCACUUAAUUUGGCAAAUAAGUAACCAAUUCAUUUUCCCUCACCAGGUACAUUCCAGCACAUGCUAUUGCUCACAGCCUGGGACCAUCAAAGGCAAUGGCACUGCCAGCAUUCCAAGCUUUAACAGGGUGCGACACCACCUCAGCUUUUUUUGGCAAGGGCAAGAAGACAGCCUGGUCUGUGUGGCAGUCCAUGCCUGAACUGACCUUGCCUCUUCUGCUGCUCUCUGGUCCUAGCCCUACAACUGAGAUUAUCAAAACCAGCACACCCAUACUCCAGAGAUUUGUUCUGAAGCUGUAUGGCGUGUCCAAGGACGACAUCAGGACUGAAGAUGCUGCUUGACUCUCCCUUUUCCUUCACAAAGGAAGAGACUUUGAUCACAUGCCCCCAAGCAGUGAUGCACUCCAUCAGCACCUCCUCCGAGUAGCUUAUCAGGUAAUGAUAUAAGACAGCCAUACAUACGGGCAUACUAUUUAAAUGUCAGAAAGUAUAUCACGAAUCGUAUUUUUCUUUACAGAGUGGACAUGUUUGGGGCAAUAUACUGAUCAAAGACGCUGCUACUGUCUCACCCUCACAGUGGGGAUGGCAGCUGGAUUCCCCAGACAGAGCACCCACACCUCUGUACACGACUACUACAAUUAUUUCAAGGGACUUGCCAGAACUUGUUAUUUGCAAGUGCAAGACAGACUGUAAGCCACCUUGCAAAUGCUGCAUGCAGAGGCAGCCGUGCAUGUCUCUCUGUGGAUGUCAUAGUUCAUGCACCCGUUAUGAUGCUAUGGAAUUGUAAAUCUCUGCUGUAUUACUUAAAUGACAUUUACAUUUGUAAAACCC